AUGUAUACAAAUAUGAUGGUGACAAUAUGGCUUCAGUGUGUGCAACAAUAUGUAAAGUUACGUGUACAUAAAUUAGGUCGAAUUAUGCAAAAUCAAAUCAUGCACAAAAAAGACUGUCUAGUUUAUAAAUCAAUUCAUACUACUGUAAGAAGUAUAAUGCAAGCGGAUACAGAAUACAAAAUUCAAUGCAGUUGGUUGGUCAGCUUAUGUAGGUAA